AUGACAAACUCUUCUGUAUCUUUCGAGGAGACGUACUCGCCUUACGAAAACACAAGCCGUCAGCUAUCUCCAACAAGCGAUACAUCCUUCACCACCUUUAGUUAUUCGUUCCCUUUCUGUAAUUAUGGUCAAGGCAGGUCGGGAGAAAUUGGUGGUCAAAUCAAUAUCACACAGAAUGUGUAUACGCAUGAUGGAUCUAUCGAUUACGAACACUUGGUUCCCAGGGAUACGCGUCUUCCCAGCCAAGAAAUAUCGUCCCCUGAACUCUUUAACACAUGGCCGAUACCGGGAACAGAAUACUAUAUAUCACAAACAGAGGCCCUUUCCCCUUGCUCCAUUCCUGAAAGCUCAACCUAUCAACUAGCCCCCCCCAAUAACUCUAGCAAAGGCGACGAGUGUGAAAAGGAACCCAAAAAGUAA